AUUCCGAAGUCCAAUCGCACGCGCAGCAUAAUUGGCCGGGAUCGUAGAUGUCCUGGCUCGAGAUACAAUUUUCCGUCGGAUCGACGAUUAUCAGUCGCGUCUCCGAAGCCACUGUUUUUGCAGAGUGUCUCCGAUAUGGCCUUUCCGUGUGACGGCUGGCCAGGAAACAUUUCGGUAUUUCGACGGAUGGUCGCUUCCUCCCUGAUUUCAUCAUCCUCAGCCGAGGAUGCUAUUUAAUCGCUAGGGAACGGUUGCACUGUCCAACCUUAGUCCUCACCAUGAAGUGCUUGUCUGCUUUCGUUUUUCUCGCCGUUCUCUUUUCAUCUGGCCAUGCAGCCACCUUGUCUGCUCGUGCCACCAAUACUACAGUCACCUCCUCCGCUGGAACAUGUAGCGGAGACUUGACCAAGUUUGAGUUCUUUGGUGUCAACGAAUCUGGCGCUGAAUUCGGCUCUGGUAACAUACCCGGAGUUUUGGGAACCGACUAUAUUUUCCCAGCAGAGAGUUCAAUCGAUUACUUCGUGGAGAAAGGCUUCAACUUCUUCCGCCUUCCUUUCCUGAUGGAGCGGCUUGCUCCUCCUGCAACCGGAAUGACAGGCGCGUUCGAUGAUGACUACCUCGCCUUGAUCAAAUCAACUGUCGAAUAUGUCACUGGAAAAGGCGCACACAUCGCCCUAGACCCUCACAACUACCUGAUUUACAACGGAGCCACCAUUACCAGCACUUCAAACUUCCAGACAUUUUGGACUAACCUUGCAAAGGAAUUCGUUGAUAACGACAACGUUAUCUUCGACAUCAUGAAUGAGCCUCAUGAUGUUGACGCCUCUGUCGCAUUCAGUAUGAACCAAGCCGCAAUCAACGGUAUCAGGUCUACUGGCGCUACCCAACUCGUUCUUGUUGAAGGAACAUCUUGGACUGGAGCCUGGACAUGGACGACUUCCGGCAAUUCGAACUAUUUCGGCAAAAUCAGCGAUUCCGCCAACAACACCGCUAUUGAGAUGCACCAAUACCUCGAUUCUGAUGGGUCGGGUACCUCGGCAACUUGUGUUUCUUCGACCAUCGGCGCGGAACGCCUAGAGGCCGCAACUGCUUGGUUGCAAGAGACAGGCCUCAAGGGCUUCUUGGGUGAAAUCGGGGCUGGAUCUAACACUGCCUGCAUGCAGGCUGUCUUUGGCGCCCUUUGCUCCAUGCAGCAGUCCGGUGUCUGGAUCGGUGCCUCCUGGUGGGCAGCAGGUCCAUGGUGGGGAACCUACUUCCAAUCUAUUGAACCAACAAGUGGUGCCGCCGUCGCUACCAUACUUCCUCAGUCUCUGGAGCCGUUCCUGUGAAAGGUUUUACGCCUGGCCUAAUAUAAAGUACAUAAUAGCUACAGGAAACAUUCGAAUUGCAAUUGGCAG